AUGACUGAUCGAUUUAAUAAGGCAAAAAAUCGCCUCGUAUCACAUGAGCAAGUGGUACAGAAGGAGAGAACGCUUAAAAAGCAACUAAUUACUCAAUUGCCUGACGAAACAGUUGUUGUUCCAAAAAUUGGAGAAUGGGUAUUAUCACGUCCCGUUUCGCCAGACACUCAAGACAUACCGAAACUCAAAUUACAGAAAAAAGCGACACAAAAGAAUACUUCUCGUGCGCCAAUUGCUCCUUCUCCCAAGAAAACAGGAAGAGGAACUGCUCUUGGCUACAAUUUCAAUCCAAAUCCAACAGCACGUCCGAAAACAGCAUUAGAAGCACCUUAUCAUCUUAAACCACCAAAAUCUAUUAUCGAAAAUUCAGGAAGAACUACAUCACGAUUAAAUUACCCUCCAGGAACUGUUACUACAGACUUAGAUGCUAUUGAACAUUCUAGGUUUAGACAAGCUCCAAAGGCCCUUCCUCCUAUCCAAGAUAGAACUGUUGAAGAGCAAGAGCCAACGUUUUUACCACUCGAAUACUUCGACGACUCAACUUACGAAGAAUUCCCAAUAGAGGAUCUCAUGAAGACUCCACAAGCCUUCUCACGCUACCAAGAACUCAAUGGCGACUCUUAUUGGGCACGUUGCACAGUUCUAAAGAUGGAACCUGAUACAGGAUUAUUCGUAAUUGAGUGGCAGGGCUCAAAGAAGCGCAAGAAAGUUGCUAGAUUCAACUUAAGAUUCGAGCGCGAAAACGAAAAGAAGUUCCAACUUCGUGUAGAAGCCGCUAGGAAAAGAUGCAGAUUAUUCGAGACAGAAUUUCGUUUCCACAACCGUGUACAGCAAAUGUCGACUGAGGGAUUGCCUGAACUAUCAGAAGAGGAUAUGGAUGACAUCACGAAAAUCAUGAAUAUCGAUAAUAUUAAAUUAUACGAAAAAUUACAAAAAGAAUUAUUCGAAGAAGUUAAACAAAACUUCAAAUACAUCAACAAUAAAUUAGAUUUCGAAUACAAUAUUAAAUUAAAUCCAUUAAUUCCAAAUCGCGAUGAAUUUAUGGCUCUAUUUCAAGAUCCUCCACCAGCUCCUGAGUACGGACUUGUAUGUUAUCCGAAAAUUAACUUCAACGAGCUUCAUACAAAACUCAACGGAAUUCAUCUUUAUGGCAACAUUAAUAUCUUGAAUGGCGUUAAGUUUAUAUGGAGAACUUUCCAAGAUUCGAUCAAUGUUACAUUCCUUAUUGACGGAUUACCAAAUACAUGCAGUCUUGAAGAAUUUAUGAGCGUAGAAUUCCAACAACUCGAAUCUACAGCAAAAACAUUCAAAUCAACAAUGCAAGAAACACUCGAAAGCUCUAUUGGAGCUACAAUUAACGAUGAAAUCGGUUCUAAGAACACUUAUGAGAAAGCAAAAUUCGAAAAGAUGGUUACUCUUGUUACUCAUAUGCUUCAUACAGUUUUACUUACAAUUGUCGAUAAUACAGUUAAGAAAUAUUUAUCGUUAUUUACAAAAUUUACAUCCAAAGAUAAUGCAACAUUAAAACCACAAUUCUUUGUUGAAUUGAUAUUGGAUGAUGAAAAACACAUCUCAUUACUUCCAAGUAUUGAUGCAUUCCAUGAACAAUUUAUUGGAUUAUUACAUUCACUUGAAAGUACAGUAAAUAACCUUCCAAUCAUCAAUCUUCCAUCAGUGGAAGUUGAUUCUUCGAAUGUUUCCUUCGAAGAUUGCGGUAAAUUGAUUCAAUCUACAAGAAAUGAAAUCGAAGAACCACUUAAGGAACUUUUCAGCGGUCUUGAGAAAUUCCUUGACCAAUUUAGAAGCAUUGAAAAUACUCUUGGUCUCGAUCCAUCAGGUUUUGCUAAACAAUUCGAUCCUGAUGGCAAAGAACCACUUGAUAAAUACCGUAAACAACUCGAUGAGUUCGGAAAAGUCAUGGAUGUAUUGCAGAAUCAGCUCAAUUCUCAAUACACCAUUGGACCUUUCUAUAUCAAAUGCGAACACUUCAAAGAACAGUCAAUUUAUCAUACAAAGGCUCUUAUCAUAGCCCUUCUUGAACACAUGAAGGAGUUUGCUAUUUGCGAUAUCAAAGGAUUGCAACAAGAGUUCAAUACAAUCAACGAAAAGAUCACAAUCACUCCAAAGACACCAGAAGAACUCGAAAAACUCAAGAUCUUUAUGGACAAUGUCCUCGAGACCACAAAGGAGCGCCACAGAAAGAUGAACACUACAAUGGAAAGAUUUACCUUCCUCGAAGAGUUCAAGUACACAGUUUCCGACCAGGAACUCAAAGAAAAGUACAAGACACUCCAGAUGCCACACAAACUUUCCAUGCUUAUCGACGAAACAGAAACGAAAUUAUCUGUCGAAAGAAUUCGCAUGGUCAGAGAGCUCAGAAACAACCAACGCAAGUUGGAAUCCGACGUCAUGGAAAUUACCCAGCUACUUCCAAACAUUGUUUCGAAGUACCAAGACCUCGAGAUGACAGUCGAAGCUGCAGACCAGGUCAACGAGAUCCAGGCGAAGCUUGUCGAGUUCAAGAACCAACAAGAAACAUACAAUCGCCACGAAAAGAUCUUCAAUUACGAACCAGGUACCUGCAGAAUUCUUUCCAAGGUUAUCGAAGAGUUCCAGCCAUUGCACAUGCUAUGGAAUCUUGCUGCAGAUUGGCUCAACCAAUCAACAAGCUGGUUAGAUGAACCAUUCCCACGUAUUAAACCAGAUCAGAUUUCACAAUUCAUGAAUCAAGCCACAAAGAAGAUUGCAAGACUGAAGAAAGACUUGGUCAAUCAUCCAACAUUGAUUGAGAAGGUUUUACUUCCACUUUCAGAGCAAAUCGACAAUUUCAAGCAGAGUUUGCCACUUAUUACCAAACUCAGACACCCAGGAAUCAAGACAAAGCAUUGGGAACAAAUCUCCGAAAUCGUUGGCUUCAAAGUCUUCUCAUCAACAGAGAUGACUUUGCAGAAUUUCUUGGAUUACAACUUAGGAAGAUGGCAAGUCCAAAUUUUCGAGAUUGCUGCUGUUGCUGCCCAAGAAUACAACAUCGAAUCAUCUCUCGAUGCAAUGGACAGCGAAUUACAGACAAAGAAAUUCGAAACUUCCAUUUUCAGAGAUACAGGUUCGUAUAUUGUUACAGGCGCGGAUGAUCUUAUCUCUACAAUUGAUGAUCAAUUGGUUACAACGCAGACACUUCUUACAUCACCUUUCAUUGCUCCAAGCAAGAAGCGCGCAACAGAAAAUCUCGAAUUCCUCAGAAAGUGCCAUCAAAUUCUCGAUGCUUGGGUUGAAUGCCAACGUGGAUGGCUUUAUUUACAGCCAAUUUUCACUGGUACAAGUAUCCAGCAGAAACUUCACAGAGAGGCAAGAGAUUGGAACAAUGUUGAUAAGUCAUGGAACAACAUCAUGACACAAACACACGCACAUCCAGAAUUCCAGACUGUUAUGCACAGAGAUCAUUUAUUGGAAGACUUCCUUGAAAACAACAAACUCCUCGAUUCAAUCACACAAGGAUUGAACCAAUAUCUCGAAGCAAAGCGUCUCGGAUUCCCAAGAUUCUUCUUCCUUUCAAACGACGAACUUAUUUCAAUCCUUUCCCACACAAAGGAUUUCGAUCAGAUCCAGAAGUCUAUGAACAAACUCUUUGAAUACGUCAAUACAAUUACAGUCGACGAAGACAUGAUGAUCACAGCAAUGAACGAUGAUGGCCUUGAAACAGUUAAACUCGUCAAUCAUGUCGAUGGAGAUACUCCUGAAGUUGAAGAUUGGCUCAACGCAUUUGAGGAUGAAAUGAGAAAUACUCUCAAGGAAUCAAUUACAAACGCGUUACCAGCAGCCAAAAAGAAGAAGAGAGAAGUCUGGAUCAACGAGUUCCCAGCUCAAGUCAUUCUCAUUUCCAACCAAAUCAUGUGGACACAGCAAGUUACAGAUGUCUUAAGCCAACAAAAACUAAGAGGUUUGAAGGUUUUGCAGUCAAAGUUCAUCGAAGGACUUGAAGGAUUGACAGCAAUUAUCAGACAACCACUUAGUUUGUCAACGAGACAAGUCAUCUCUUGCUUGCUUAUUCUCGAAGUCCACAACAGAGAUAUCAUCACAGAUCUCAUUAAACAAGAAGUUGUUGAUGUCGAAAGCUUCAAAUGGAUUCAACAACUCAGAUAUUACUGGGAAGAUAACACUGUUAAUGUUCGCUCAAUUAACAAUGUUUACGAGUAUUCUUAUGAAUACGCAGGUAACUCAGCACGUCUUGUUAUCACUCCUCUUACUGAUAGAUGUUACCAAACACUUUUGGCAGCAUUCAAGCAGAAUAUGAGUGGUGCUCCAAGUGGUCCUGCAGGUACUGGUAAAACAGAAACAGUCAGAGAUUGCGCGAAAGCACUUGGAAGAGCUUGCGUCGUUUACAACUGCUCAGAAGAAGUUACUCCUGAACAAAUGUCACAGUUCUUCGCAGGCCUUGCUUCAAGUGGUUCAUGGUCUUGCUUCGAUGAAUUCAACCGUAUUAACAUCGAAGUUCUUUCCGUCAUUGCACAACAAGUCAGAACAAUCCAAAACGCAAUUUCAUCCAAUCUCGAGACAUUCCAACUCGAUGCACGUCAGUUAAAGCUCAAUCCAAAUGCAGCUAUCUGCAUCACAAUGAACCCAGGUUACGCAGGAAGAACAGAAUUACCAGAUAACUUGAAGGCGUUGUUCAGACCAUGCGCUAUGAUGGUUCCUGAUUUCGUUUUCAUUUCUGAAAUCCUUCUUUUCUCUGGUGGUUUCGCAUCAGCUUCUGCAUUGUCUGUGAAGUUAGUUGCUUUAUUCGAUAUCUGCAGAAAGCAAUUAUCCAAUGCUCACCACUACGAUUGGGGUCUUCGUGCUAUGAAAGCCAUUCUUACAACAGCAGGAAAAUCGAAACGUGCAAAUCUCGAUGCUUACGAAGCACUUUUGCUCGUAAACUCCAUCAGAGAUUGCACAGUUCCAAGAUUAGUUAAAGUCGAUGUUCCUCUGUUUGAAGGCAUCAUCCACGAUGUAUUCCCAGAUGUCGAUGCAAAGAAGGAGAUCCAGAUGACUCUCAAGGACGCUUUGACAAAGGGAUUCCAAUCAAUGAACAUGCAGCCAUUGCCAUCGUUCCUCACAAAAUGCAACGAAAUUUACGAGACAACAGUUGUCCGCCACGGUCUUAUGCUUGUCGGUGGAGCAAUGUCAGGUAAAACAACAUGCAGGAACGCACUCAAAGCUGCUAUGGACAUGCUCGCAGAAACAGAGAAAGAUUGGAAGAAAGUUCACGUAGAUUUACUCAACCCGAAGUCAAUUACAAUUCCAGAAUUGUAUGGUUUAUUCGAUCCAGUAACAAGCGGAUGGUCUGAUGGUGUUCUUUCUAACUUUAUUAGAACAGAAUCAAUGUCAGAACCAACAGAAUGGAAGUGGAUUGUCGUUGAUGGCCCUGUCGAUUCACUUUGGAUUGAAACAAUGAACUCUUUGCUCGAUGAUAACAAAGUUCUUUGUCUUUCAAACAACGAACGUAUUUCAUUGGGAGCACAUGUCAAGAUGAUGUUCGAAGUCGAUGAUCUUUCACAAGCUUCUCCAGCUACAGUUUCUCGUUGCGGUAUGAUCUAUUUCGAUCAAUCACAACUCGAAUGGUCAGCAAUCACAAAUUCAUGGAUUCAAACACUUCCUGAGAAAUUACAAGAACUUGGAGAGUUCCUUGGCGGAUUGUUCGAAAAGUACUUGCCACCAAUGAUCCAAUUCAUCGAAGUUGAUGCUAAUGUUGUCGUUGGAUCCAAUCCAAUGUUUGUUGUCAAGAACUUCCUCAGAUUACUUACUUGCUUCCUCGAUAUCAUCAGAGAACCAGUCGAACAAAAGUCAGCUGAUGAUGAUGAACUCGUCAAAGUUGAUCCUCUCAAACACGAGAACUACUUCUCACCAUUCGCAAACAACGGAGAUACUUCAUUCGGAUACAUCGAAACAACUGAUGAUUUACAUACUCAUUUCCACAGAAUUGUUUUGUUCGCUCUUGUUUGGUCAUUCGGUGCUGUCAUCGAUGAAGGAUCAAGACAGACAUUUGAUAAGUUCAUCAGAGCACAAGCUGAUGAGAAUUCAACAACACCAUUCCCACAGAAAUCAACUGUUUACGAUUUCUAUGUUGAUUUCGCAAGAAACUCUUGGAUGGCAUGGUGCGAUGGCCAGACAGGAAUUUCAAUCACAGCGAACAAACCAAUCGAACAACAGCUCAUCCCAACAAACGAAUCUGCAGCAAUGACAUACAUCAGCAGAUUAACAGUCCAACAUGGAAUUCACACAUUAUUCCAUGGUCCAGAAUCAUCGAAAUCUCUUGUCAUCAACACUCUCAUGCAGAACAUCUUAGACAAGUCUUUCGACUGCAGAAAUCUUCCUCUCGCUAACUGCUCAACAACACAGAAUGUCUUAAAGACACUUAGAUCAUUCAUGCACAAACACCACGGUGUUUUCGGACCUCUUACUAAUAUGCAGCUUGUAAUUUUCUUGGAUAACAUCAACUCAGUUAAACCAGAAAUCUACGGUGCACAGCCACCUUUGGAGUUAAUCAGACAAAUGCUCGAUGCUGGAGGUUGGUACAACACAGCACAGAUCGAGUUCCAGCGUGUUGCAGAUACAACACUUAUCUCUGCAAUGGGACCAGAAGGCGGUGGUUUAUUCUCAAUUCCACAGCGUCUUCUUAGACAUUUCUACUUCAUGCACAUUCCGAAAUACAAACGCCCAUCAAUGGCAACAAUUCUCAACGCAUUGAUCUCGAUGAAACUCCAGAAACACGGAGCAAGUAUCCAAGAAUUGGCAAGAUCUGCAUCAUCCGCUUGCCUCGACAUUUACGAGAUGUGUAUAAAGAAUUUGUUACCAAUUCCAUCGAAGUUACACUACAUUUUCAGCCUGAGAAAUAUCAUCCGUGUUGUCAAAGGUAUCUUCCAAGUUCCUGCUUCGGAUUGCGGCUCAGAACAGAUCUUUAUCAGAUCAUGGCAUCAUGAAAUGUGCAGAGAAUUCUUUGAUAGAUUCAACACACAGAAAGAUAGAACAUGGUUCUUACAAGCACUUUCUGAAACAUGCAGCAAACACUUCCAUCAAUCAAUUGAAUCGAUUUGCCCUGCAAAAGUUGCUUAUUUCAACAACUUCUCAGACAAAUCAGGAAUCUACAGAGAAAGCAAACUCAAACCUGAAGAAUUGUUACAAACUUGCAAAGAUGUUCUCGAUGAACACAACAGAGAAUCAUCAAAGCAGCUUGAUAUUGUUCUUUUCAGUGAAGCUGUUGACCACAUUUCUUCAUUAACACGUAUUCUCGGAAUGCCUCGUGGCCAUGCAAUGUUAGUUGGUGUUAAAUCAAGUGGUAGAAAGAGUUUGGCACAUUUGGCUUUACACAUGCAAGGAAUCGAAAUCUUCGAAAUUGCUAUUACAAGGUCAUACAACUUCACUGAAUGGCGUGAAGACUUAAAGAAGUUGAUGAUUAACAUGGGUACAAACGAUCAACCAACAGGUUUCAUCAUUUCCGAUGUCCAAAUCGUAGGAAGCUUCCAGUUAGAAGAUAUUUCCAAUCUGUUGAUUGAUGGCGUCAUCCAGAACUUGUUCGAAAGAGAUGAAAUGGAAAAGAUCAAAGCAGAUUUGAUUACUAAAGAAGUUUUGACAGAUGAAGAUCCAUGGAAAUUAUUCAUUGAUCGUGUCAAGAAGCAUCUCCACAUCAUCUUAGUUUUCUCUCCAUACGGUUCUUGCUUCAGAGAAUCAAUGCUCGCUUAUCCAUCUUUGAGAACAGAAGUAACAAUCGAUUGGUACAUGCCAUGGUCCAAUGAAGCUCUUGAAAGCGUUGGUAGAGCAUCUCUUUCUCACGGAUCUCUCGCGGGAAGCCAAUACAUCCAGAAUGUUGUCAAUGUCUGCGUUAAAAUACACAAAUCUGUCGAAGAAGCAGCACAGAAAUUCCUUUCAGAAACGAAGAGAUUUACUGCUGUUACUCCUUCAAGAUACUUCGAACUCAUCAACACAUUCAAUACAUUCUUGGUUCACGAAACAGAGAAGAACAAUGAGUUGAUCACGAAAUACACAAAUGGUGUCGAUAAAAUCGAAACAACUCGUACACAAAUUCUCGGUUUAUCUCAGCAAUUGGAUAGAGAUAUUCCAAUUCUCAACAAGAAACAAGAUGAAGUCCAAGAGAUGCUUAAAGAUUUAGGUGCCAAACAAGCUGAUGUCGAAAAGAUCAGAGAAGAUGUCAAGAAACAAUCCGAGCUCGCUGAAGCAGAAGCUGCUGAAGCAACAAGAACAAACGAUAUCGCACAAGCAGAAGUCGAAAAGGCUCAGCCUCUUUUGGAUAGUGCUAUUGAAGCUGUCGAUAAGAUUGAUAACAACUCACUUUCCAACAUCAAACAACUUAAGUCAAUUCACCCUGCUUUGAGAGAAACAUUCGAAGCAAUUUGUAUCAUUUUCGGACGCAGACCAAGAAAAGUUGAAGGCCCAACACCAGGCUCAAAGAUCGAUGACUAUUGGCCAGAAACAUUGUCACUUCUUGCUGAUUCUAAUUUCGUCAAGAAAGUUAAAUCAUUCCAACCAGAUACAAUGAGCAAAGAAACAAUUUCUAAGCUCGCCAAAUACGUUCCAAAGAGCCAGAAGGAGCGUGAUGAGAAACUUGCUGCUGCACAAAGUGGUUACGCAGCUGUUGGUAACUUGUACAGAUGGGUUUGUGCAAGUUAUCAGUAUUGGUUCGUUUGGCAGGAUAUUUUGCCACUUAAGAAAGCUGCUGAAGAAGCGCAGCAAAAGCUCGAUGCAAGUAUGGCAGCAUUAGCAGCAAGCAGAGCCAAACUGAAAGAAGUCGAAGAUAAACUCGCAGAACUUGUCAACUCCGUCGAACUCAAGAAAGCUGAAGCUAAGAAACUCGCUGAUUCUGUCGCAGAUACACAACUUAGACUUGACAGAGCUCAGAAGAUUAUGAGUGGUCUCAGUGGAGAAACUAAGCGUUGGGGAGAAACAGCGGAUAACUUGAACUCUCAUGCAGGAUAUCUCAUGGGAGAUUCAUUACUUAUCGCCGGUUCUUUGACACAUCUCGGUGCUUUCUCACCACUUUACAGAACAAGAUUACUUGAGAAAUGGAAGAGUGUUUUGACAGUCGAAAACAUCAUAUUCACAAAGACCUUUUCAAUCACAAACAACCUCGGAACAGAGUCAGUUAUUAGAGAUUGGGUUGUCAAAGGAUUGCCAAACGACACACAUUCAAUUGAGAACGCUUUGAUCAUCAAUUCCCAUAAGAUUUCUUAUCCAUUGUUCAUUGAUCCACAGCUCAGUGGUACUAAAUGGCUCCGAGCAAUUAUGGGCGAACAAUUAAAGGUUUUAAGAUUCGACCAAUCGAACUUCCUCCAGCAACUCAAAGUUUGCAUUACUGUUGGCAGCCCUGUUCUCAUUGAAAACGUUGGUUUGAAGAUGGAUCCACUCAUUGAACCACUUCUCAGCCGCGAGCAGAUGAUGAUUGAUGGACAAAAGAAGAUUACAAUUGGUGGUGAAAGUAUUCCAUUCAAUGAUAACUUCAGAUUGUUCAUCAGCACUAAAUAUCCGAACCCACAUUAUUCCCCAGAAGUCUGUUCACAAGUUACAUUGAUUAACUUCACAACAACUCUUGAAGGACUUUCUGAUUUGCUCAUGAACAAUCUCAUCGAAGUCGAGCGUGAAGACCUCGAUGGAAAGAGAUUGCAACUCAUGGAAGAACAAGCAGAAAACACUCGCAGACUCAAAGAAGUUGAAGAAGAGAUCCUUCAGAUCGUUUCCAAUGCAGGAAGCGAUAUUCUUUCAGAUGAUGCAGCUAUUAAGACACUCCAGAACGUUAAGAAGACAUCAAGAGAUAUCGCAGCACAAAUGGCAGCCGCUGAAUCAACAGAGAAACAAAUCGCAGAGUUCAGAAAUACUUUCUCUCCUGUUUCACAACGUGCUGCUUUACUCUAUUUCUGCGCUUCUGACUUUGCUGUUGUCGAUCCAAUGUAUCAGUUCUCACUUAAAUGGUUCGUAAACAUCUUCAAGAACGCUGUUCACGAUGCAGAACAUCCAAGUGAUAUAGAGAGAAAGAUUGAAGCAUUCAACAACGCCAUUGCUACUAAAUUCUACCAGAAUGUUACUUUCUCUUUGUUCGCAAGACACAAGUUGUUGUUCUCUACAUUAAUGGCUACAAGAAUUCUCAUUUCUGAGAAAAAGAUUUCUACAAACGAACUUGGAUUCCUUCUUCAACCAAUUCCAAGAGAUGAACCAUCACCUGCUGAAUGGAUGCCACAAGAUGUUUGGUCUCUUGUUAGUGCAUUACCAAAUGUUUCUGAAGUUUUCAAGGAUCUCCCAGAUCAUGUCACAAGAAAUCUCAACACUUGGGAACACUAUUAUAACUCAACAACACCAGAAACAAUGGAAAUCCCUUACGAUAAAGAGUUAUCUCCAUUCGAGAAACUCUUAGUCUUGAGAGUUUUCCAUCUCCAUCGUGUACGCGAAGGUUUGAGAAUCUUCGUUAGUUCAACACUCGGAAAGAACUUUGUCACUCCACCACCACUUAACCUUGGCAAAGUUUUCCGCGAGAGUUCUCCUCUUUCUCCACUUAUUUUCAUCAUUACACCAGGUAUCGAUCCACAAGAUGAAAUCAUUGGAGUUGCACAGUCCAUGGAACUCGAGAGAUACUUGAAAUCAUAUUCUCUUGGUCGUGGCCGUGGUGCCGGUGCAGAAGAACUCAUUCAAGACGCUUCAGAAAGAGGUUUCUGGGUUUUGCUACAAAACUGCCACCUUUCCCUUUCUUGGAUGCCACGUCUUGAACACAUUAUUGACAAUUUAGAUCCUGCUAAAGUUCAUGACAGAUUCAGAUUGUGCUUAGUUACAAUGUCAUCACCUGAUUUCCCAAUCGGUGUCCUUUACCAAGGCGCGAAAUUGAUCUACGAAAUUCCAAAGGGUAUCAGAGAAAACAUGAUCAGAAUCUACAGCGGAUUCAAUGCAGAUGACUUCAAUGAGAACUGCACACCAUCAGAGAGACAAUUAACAUUCCAUCUCGCAUUCUUCCACGCUGUUGUUCUUGAAAGAUUACAGUUUGGAAGUAUCGGAUGGAACAUUCCUUACGAAUUCAACCCAAGUGAUUUCGCAAUUUCUCUCAAGCACUUAAAGAUGUUCCUCGGAGAAAGCCAAGGCGGAGAUGUUCCAUUCGAAGCCUUGUCUUAUGUCAUUGGCGAACUCAACUACGGCGGAAGAGUCACAGACAGAUGGGAUAGGAGGACAUUGCUCAGCCUCUUACAGAGAUUCUUCAGCGAAGAGAUGAAUCGUCCAGACUUCACAUUCGGCGCAAGAUAUCCACAUCCUGAGUACACGAACACACUUGACAAAUUCGAUUCUCUCAUCAACAGUUGGCCAAUUACAACUGAAGGUGAAGAUGUCGGACUUUCUAAGAAUGCAUCAACAAUUACAGCAAGGAAUGAUGCACUUGGAAUCUUCAACUCCCUUAUCGAAAUUCAACCAACACUUAUUGCACAAGGCGGAGAAAUAUCUGAAGAAGCAUUCGCCAUCAAGAUGGUUGAAAAUCUUAUUUCCCAGAUUCCACAAGAUUUCAACAUCCACAACUUUGUUCGCAAGUUCGAUCUCAAUGACACUAUCAACACCGUUCUUCAUCACGAAAUCUUGCUGUACAACCGACUUAUGGCUGAGAUCAGGAAGUCCCUUUCCACAUUACAAGAUGGACUUAAUGGUCUCAUUGUCAUGAACGAUUCUAUGGAGUUGCUCAACCGUAGAAUCCUCGCAAACAAAGUCCCAGAACAAUGGCUUGAAUACUCAUUCCCUUCAAUUUUGUCACUCAGACAUUACAUGGAAGACCUCAAGAAGCGUGUAGAAUUUCUUUCUCAUUGGGUACAAUACGGAAGGCCAACUGUUUUCUCACUUGGAGCUUUCUUCCAUCCAGAAGAAUUCCUCACAGCUGUUCUCCAAGUUUACGCAAGAAAGCACUCAGUUCCAUUCGAUACUCUCAGCUGGACAACUCGUAUUCUCAACGAAACAAACAGCUCGAAGCUUGCAGAAGAACCAGAAGAUGGCAUCUACGUAGAAGGACUCUACAUCGAAGGUGCUAAGUGGGAUAUUUCUAACAAGAGUCUCGUUGAAUGUAAACAGAAAGAAUUAAUUUCUGUUUUGCCGGUUAUGCACCUUUGCCCAACCGAGAAAACAAAUACAAUCGAUCAGAAGACUGUUUACGAAUGCCCAAUGUACAGAACACAGAACAGAGGAAGCGGAGCUCUUGGUUUACCAAAUUACAUCAUGAGCCUUUACAUCCCAUCAUCGGAUGUACUUCCUGACCAUUGGAUUCAAAGGUCUGUUGCUGUCUUUAUCACAGUUGCAGUUUAA